AUGUCUAAAAAAGACAACUUGGUUUACAAGGCCAAGUUGGCCGAGCAGGCUGAGCGUUAUGACGGUUUGUAUACGAUUUGUUGCCUCUUUUUUAUUUUUGCAGAGAGUUGUAGGAUGGGUCAUCCAUGGAAUUUGACUAUAUACUGUGUGAUUUUAGUUCGCCGACCAGCAUUAUGACCGUUUAAAUUAGUGUCUCUGUUAGUAUCAAACUAGUAUCAUGGUAGACAAUUUUAGCAGGAGUGUGAUUUCUGGUCGAAGUUUGACAGGGGCUCAGAUCUACCUAUCAAUGUAAUGUUUACUUGCCGCUUCACAUAUCUAUGUUUCGAAGGAUUUCGAAGGUGCUAUUUGCUUCUUAUUACAGAGAUGAAAGAUCAUAUGAAGGAAAUUGCACUGGAAGGUGGAGAACUUUCGAUAGAAGAACGCAACUUACUCUCAGUUGCCUACAAGAAUGUCAUUGGUGCGAGAAGAGCUUCUUGGCGCGUUCUCUCAAGCCUGGAGAAAACCCAAAACGACGAACCCAAGAAGGAAGUAAUAAAAACAUACAAAGAGAGCGUGGAAACGGAAUUAAAGGGUAUCUGCAGUGAAAUUUUAGAAUUAUUGGAUGGCAACCUGAUAGAAAACGCCAAAGAUCCGGAAUCGAAAGUCUUCUACCACAAAAUGUAAGUUACAGUGUUUCAACAUGUCAAUAAUUUUUGUAUAUUAAAUUAGAUUACCGCUGCGUAUGAUUUAUCUCAACAAGUGCAUUGAUCAUUAAAAAUUCGAGGUGGGCAAACGUUGAUGCCUUGUCAGUCUUAUGUCUUCCAAAGGCCAGGAGUGUGAGCCUAGGAUUUGAGGAAAUGGAGGGAAAGGUGAACCUGUAAUCGAUAGGGGAAAUCACGCAUGUCAUACUAUGUACAGUACAUGUUUGGCCUCUCCAUAUCAGCUGCUUAGGGUUAGGAAGCCCUUUGUCAGACAUAUCUUGCCUUGUGUACAGUUGAAAGCUUGUUCUUAGUUUAAGCUGUACUUUUGCAUGCACAGUAUUCAUAGAGGAAUUAUUUUCUCUAUGCUAUGGAUUUUUUUCCAAUAUGCUUGAGGUUUUCAGCCUUGAGUUCUUUAUAAUUUGGGCCUCUUAUUUGUGGAAAUUUUUAGGGAAAAUUUAAAGUGAUGAAUAUUGCAAUGGGUUAUGUGUAUGUAUACUCGGUAGGCAAGAUUGAAAUUGUUUAGUUUUUUAAGGGGAAUUAGGCCUGAUAUGGAACAGAUGAACAAGAAAAGGCUGAUUUUGCUGGUCUGCUCUAACAAGCGCAAGGAAUCUUUUUUUUUCCUUCAGAUGAUACACCAGCCACAAAUAAUUAUUUAUUAAUUUCAAUGUAGGUGCCACUUUUGAAUAACAUAGUGAACAGAUAAAUGCUGUGAAUAUUGUUCAAAUUCCUUGUCUUUGCCUCUCUUUGAACUCAACUUAAGCAAAUUUGUGUUAAACUUACAUCUAUCUGUGUUUGUGCCUUAUGGCAUGACAUCAGUAUGAUGUUAUACAAUGAGGUUUAGGUGUUUGGCUGAGAUACACUCACUUGCUCCAUUCUCUGAUCUGUCAGAUGAUUAAUUUAUGCAUUGAAUGAGGAUCAAAUGCUUUAUCCCCUGCCUUCCCUACUAGGUAUUGUUCCAUUCCCAUAGUCGUGCUAUUGUCUUUUAUUUAUAUACCUGGUGGGUGGGACAAAGGCAAGAAUGUUUGCAAGUUCAUGGAGUGAUCAACAGAUUUAAAAUGGUAUCUUUCAUGGGUGUGGUUUGCAAAAAUUAUCCAGGUUGUUUUUUCCCUUCCUUUCUCUCCAUUCUUGAUCAGAGUGUACUUUAAUAGACCUCACAAAUGAAGGAGAAAUUUCCAAGAGAGUAUCAAUUCAGAGAGAAAAGGGCCUUAAAGUCCUAAAAUCAACAAUGACAAUAGUCCCAAUAAUAGAUAUGGAAAUAUUUUGUCAGACUGUAGGCUGAAAUCUUUUAGGUGGAUAUUUCUUUCUUUUCACAUCAUUCUUGAUCUUAAUACACCUUUGUAAAUCUCAUAAACAAAGAGCAAACAUGCUAAAGAAUACUCCCCCUGGAAAGAAGUGGGCUUCAAAGUCUCAAGUCUUUACACAUCAUUGGCAGCAAAUUACCAUGUUUUGAGGUUUUGCAGUUUUCAUUCAGCUGAUUUAUCUUUGUUUGGGGUUUUACAGAUUUCACUGGAUUUGACCCUUUCUGUUUGUUUUGCAAUUACCUUUAGAGGUAUUUUGCCCCUGGUGUGGCAGCUUGAAAUUUAAUUACUUGCUUGGUCUUAUUGAAUUUUCAGCACCAAUUUGGCUGUCUUUCUCCAGUAUAUUUUUCCUGUUUGGCCAUCAAUUUAUCUGACUUAAAUAUAACCUGUGGCUAAGGUUAAGUGUUACUGCUAAGGCUUUUAAAGUAAAGAAUAAACUGAUCAUGUAAGGAUAUGUUAUGCAAUAUUGAAGGAAACGGCAAAGGAUUUUAAAAGUGAAUUAUUAAGAUAUGCUGUGCCAUGAGCUAGCUCCAAGAGUACUUUGAUUGAAAGCAGGGAGUUCUCCCAUGUGAAGUAUUUUUGAUACUUGAUUUUUUUACUCUGGGAACAUGCUUUGUAGAAUUGUCAACAACAUAGACUCUGAAGGCCUGCAGUUGUUGUAAAGCAUGUCACUAUUGUUUCCUGUUGUCAGGAAACAAAAUCUCUCAUGAUAUCAAGAGCAGGGAUUUCCAUAUGUUUACAAAGAAAAUACUUUGGUUUUUGCUUAAAUCAGGCAGUUUGGACAACUUAGGUAACAAUAAGAUUGAUCAUAUUGUUGCCAUUUUACUUUGCAAUAGUGCUUUUUUUGGUUCCUGUCAGGUUUAGGAAAAUGACAGGAAGCAAAAUUAGUGUCUGGUGUCCUUAGGUAUGGAAGAAACUGAGAUACUAUUGAAAUUCGUGCGUAAAUUUUUACUGGUAAAAAGUGUUGUAUGGGUUUUUUUUUUUUUACUAGAAAACAAGCUUAUUUUGUAGGGUGAAGCAAGAAAAAUGGCACUGUUUAAAGCUUACACUCUGUGCAAGUUAAGGUUUAGUGAAUUGUGAUAAAAGUUGCACACUUUCUAGGAAUUAGACGGAAAAAAUUACAGUGAAUUGCUGGAAAAUGUCUCCCAUCACAUGAAUUGAAGUCAGUGAGAGUGGAUGAGGCAACCCUCACCAUAUGCUUGACAUCUCUUAAUUGACAGGGGUUACACCUUCGUCUUGUUGGCACCCUUUCCCAUCUUGUUGAGUAAAAUUUAUUUUAAGUAUCCAAAGUAAGCUGUAAGAUUUCAUUUGAAAAAAGUUUUGAAUGGCAUGUCAUUAUUGUAUUCUUAAGUUAUAGAACCAAAAGAUAGUCUCCAAUUGGCCAAUCUAGUCCAUCCAAUCAAAAUUUACAUAGUUUUCUUUUCUUUUUUUUUCCUGCUCUGAUUCUCAACAUUGUAGAGCUGUAAUUUGGUCUUGGCUCUGCUCAUGUACAAACUUGAAAUAUUGUGAAGCUUCUCUCUUUAAUUUUCUGUCAUUUACAGCGUUCAUCACACAAGACUGGUGUCCCUUGUUUUUCCUACCAUCUUUGUAUUAAAGAUGUUGGACCUUUAUUUAUAACUACUAAGUCCUGUGGUUGCAAGAAAAAUUUAAGGGCAAUGCCAAAAGUUUGAAAUGUUCAGGAAGUGGUUCUCCAGAUACAAUUCAAGCAUCAUGAAACAGAUGUCGAUCAAUGACCACAUCUGUUUUUUAAAUGAAAUUCUAUCAAUUCUAUCUCCUAGCCAUUUUGUUUUGGGUCAGUUUUAUUGUAUUCAAUUUUUUGUUUUUUGUGUUUCCAAACAUUAUUUUCCAAUUUGUCUCGCUUAUCAAAUAGAUUGAACACCAAGAUUCUGUUUCAAUGUAUUUCAACAAACAAGUUUAUUAAAAUCCUGUUGAAGUCAGGGUGCUCUUUGUUUGUCCAAUAAAUUGUUUUUUAUGGGAUUUGAAAUCUUGCAGCCUGCCAAGGAAAGUUAUCCUCUUAGAUGACUCAUUCUAAUGUAUGUGUAAGUGUUCUUCUUUUAAUUCCUACAUACAAAAGAGUUGAUUAGCAUCGGGCACUACUUUACCAGUUUGAGAAAACAGUCUAUGGAAAUCCCUGUUCUUUCCUAACCUCCCUUCUGUAACUUUUUGUUUGAAGGAAGGGAGACUACUGGCGCUAUCAGGCUGAGUUUCUUCCUGACAAAAAGGAUGAUGAGUCAGUUCCUAAAGAAAUUGCCAAGUCUCUUAAGGCUUACGAAGAUGCUCAUGAACAUGCCAAGGAGCUGCCAUGUACACAUCCAAUAAGACUGGGACUGGCUCUCAACUUUUCCGUUUUCUAUUAUGAGAUAAAGAAUGAACCAGAUAAAGCAUGUAAAUUGGCAAAGGAAGCAUUUGAUGAAGCUAUUGCUGCACUUGAACUACUGUCAGAGGACAAGUAUAAGGAUAGCACUUUAAUUAUGCAGCUCCUUAGGGACAACUUGACUCUGUGGACAUCAGAGACCCAAGGAGAAGGUAUGUUUUUGUCUCUUAAUUGA